AGCUUUCACUCCCUGCAGACACUGCCGUACUGGCCCGUAUAAAUAGCGGCCGUGACCACUGGCCAGGCACAUUUCGGCAGCAGCAGCAGCAGCAGCAGCAGCAACAACAACUCCCACAGCCAUGAACACCCUGAUCGUCCUGAGCGCCGUCCUGGCCGUCGCUAUGGCUAAGCCCGGCUACCUGAGCGCCGCCCCCGCUGCAGUAGUCGCCCCCGCUGCCUACGCCGCCCCCGCUGUGGUCGCCGCCCCCGUGCACGCCGGCUACGCCGCCUACGGCCCCGCCCCCGUCGCCGUGCGCUCCGACGGCUACCUGCUGGACACCCCUGCCGUCGCCGCCACCAGGGCCGCCCACCUGACCGCCGUCGCCCAGACUCAGGCCCGUGACGCCGUCGUCAACGGCGCCGCCGCCCUGGCCGCCCACACCGCCCACGCCUACGCGGCCCACGCUUACGCCGCCCCCGCCGUUGCGUAUGCCGCUCCUGCUCCCGUGGCCUACGCCGCCCCCGCUGCCUAUGCCGCCCAUGGCGCUCUCACCGCCGCCGCCCAUCUCCAAGCUAAGGCUGCUCUGCUGGGCUGAAAUGUCUACUUCUACAACAGACCACUUCUUCCCUAAAUAGCAGAAAUACAAAGAAAAUUAAAAAAUUAUAAUAAACACCAACAAGAAACAUA